GCAAGGGGCGGGGCAGGGGUGCGCCCGGUCCGCCCCCCUCCUCCCGUUCCCGCGGCGGCGCCGGGCCCCGGACCCGCAGCCCUCACCCGCGCAGAAUUAGUGCUGUAAACGAUCCUGAUGAGUCUUUUGAAGUUUUCAGCUAGAAGAGUAGUUUCUCGGUUGGGUGGAGAACUGAAGUUUCCGGCUUCUAAGAGAUUGAAGAUUUGCAUAGGAAUGGCCCGUCCCAGUUCAAAUAUGGCAGAUUUCCGAGAAGCCUUUGCAAAAGCCAAGCACGUCGCUAUUAUUACGGGGGCUGGGGUCAGUGCUGAGAGUGGAGUUCCAACUUUCAGGGGAGCAGGCGGAUACUGGAGAAAAUGGCAAGCCCAGGACCUGGCCACCCCCUUGGCCUUUGCCAAAAAUGCCUCCCGGGUGUGGGAGUUCUACCACUACCGGCGGGAGGUGAUGCUGAGCAAACACCCGAACCCGGCGCACCUGGCCAUCUCGGAGUGCGAGGCCCGGCUGGGCAAGCAGGGGCGGCGCGUCGUGGUCAUCACCCAGAACAUCGAUGAGCUGCACCGCAAGGCGGGCACCAAGAACCUCCUGGAAAUUCACGGGAGCUUAUUCAAAACCCGAUGCACCAGCUGUGGGAACGUGGCCGAAAAUUACAAAAGUCCAAUAUGCCCGGCUUUAGCAGGAAAAGGGGCUCCGGAACCUGAAAUUCAAGAUGCCAGGAUCCCAAUAGAAAACCUGCCUCGCUGUGAAGAAAAAGGUUGCAGUGGCCUGCUUCGACCCCACGUGGUGUGGUUUGGAGAGAAUCUGGAUCCUGACCUCCUGGAAGAGGUGGACAGAGAGCUCGCCCUGUGCGAUUUAUGUUUAGUGGUGGGAACCUCGUCGGUGGUCUAUCCUGCUGCGAUGUUCGCCCCCCAGGUGUCCGCUAGAGGUGUGCCAGUGGCCGAAUUUAACAUGGAAACGACACCCGCCACCGAUCGAUUCAGAUUUCACUUCCAAGGGCCUUGUGGAGCCACACUACCUGUAGCCCUGGCCCGGCACGAGACUGAAACAGUUUCUUGAACAUCGAUCCUGGGAUGGAGGAAAACAAAAAUUCCCCCCAAAUAGGCUUUAAGCUAUUAAGCAUCUGGGGGGAAAGAAAUAAUUACUUUAAGGUGAACUGACUGCUUCAGGAUUUGGAAUUAUAUUUAACGUAACGGUUUUAGGUUUCUCAGGACUGGAAAUUCUCCUGAUCAAAUUAUGUUUUAGGAUUUAGUCACAUCGAUGAUGACAGAGUGUCUGAGGAGGGGAAAACUGAAUUUUCCUCAGAGUUGUGAAAAAAUUAAUCUGUCACUUUUCUGUGGGUCUACAAUCUGAAACCAAAAGGGUGAUUGAGGUUGGAUUGUUGGGGUGAAAUUGUUUGAAGUCGAGUUGCUUUGUUUUUAUUUGGUUUUUUAAAAAGUCUGUCAGCCUUUUUAGGUAAUUCAUGAGAUAUCGUUUUGGCAGGGAUUGAGAAGAGGGUAUUCCUUGUUCCCAAUUAGCGCAAAAGUGCUUGACUGACGGAGAAAUAAACGCGGUGGACUCAGUGUGCCAUUUCCCAACUAGAGCUGCCUAUCCAAGGGAUGUUAAUGCAUUUGCAACGUUGUAUUGAGUGGUUUCUGGUCAGUGACAUCCUGUUGCUACCUCUGCAAGACAGGGAGCCUGCAUUCGGUUCAUCUUUCUCUUCUCAGGUGCUUCCUGUCCAAAAAAAGGAUAAAGCUUUUGGAAUAGCUUUUGGAACAGUGUCUAAGUCUCUCUCCACCUGACCUCUUGUGAGCAUUGUUUCAUGGAUCUGUGACUCACUUUCCUGCUUCAAACCAGGCACUGUCAGAAUUUAAGUGAAACCCUGAAGGGAUGAAAGACUGGUUCUGGGCAAACUUUGAUAAUUGAAGUUGAAUAAUGGGAUUUAUGAUUAUCGAUAAACUGGACUGGAUACAA